AUAUUCAAAGCAAUUUCUUAUUUAGAAUAUCUAACCCCUUGCAUGAAGAAAACAAACUACAUCUAGAGUUCCCUCCUAUAUUUUAUAAAGAACUUUUCCAUUAACGUGAUAAAACCAUCUGCGAAAAAUGUGUGAGUCGGACUCGGGCGAAAGUACCUCAUCGAUAUCCUCGUUCAUAUCCCGCUCCUCGUCGUCCUCCUCGCGAUUGAGUGAUUUUGUGGAUGCCAAGACAGAGCUGCAGGAUAUAUACCACGACAUGAGCACUUACAUAAACGGUUUCCUAAGCCUCAUAGAGGAUAAUGUGCUUUUGAAGGAUCUGGAAAUGCUGGAGCAGCUUCGUCUUUUUGCAAGCAAAGUGGAGGCUAUUGAGAAGGUGCUUUUGCGGAACCGAAUGAAGGUGGCCUUCUUUGGUCGCACCUCGAAUGGAAAGAGUGCCGUGAUCAAUGCCCUGCUGCACGAGAAAAUCCUGCCCAGCGCCAUGGGUCACACCACCAGUUGUUUUUGCCAGGUCCAGGCCACCACUACAGACGAAGCCGAGCACGUGAAGAUCGAGCACGGGGAGCAGCACCUGGAGCUGAGUGCCUUGAAUGAACUGGCCAGUGCCCAUUCUCCCAGGGCUCUGAAGCCCAGGACUCUUCUGCAAGUUAACAUGCCCAGGAGUCGCUGCUCCCUCCUGGAUUACGAUGUGGUUCUGAUGGACACGCCCGGAGUGGAUGUCACAGCACAACUGGAUGACUGCCUGGAUAACUACUGCAUGGAUGCGGAUGUUUUCAUCCUGGUGCUCAACGCCGAGUCCACAGUUUCCCGCGUGGAACGACAGUUCUUCAAGGAGGUGGCCUCCAAGCUUUCGCGUCCGAAUCUCUUCAUACUGAACAAUCGCUGGGAUGUGGCCAGCAACCAGGAACCGGAAAUGGAGCACCUGGUGAAGGACCAGCAUGUGGAGCGCUGCCUUAAGCUUCUUAUCGAUGAGCUGGGUGUUUACUCCAAUGAGGAGCAAGCAAGGAAGAGGAUAUACCAUGUCUCGGCCCUGGAGGCUCUACAAUUAAGGAACGGUUGCAAUAGGAAUCCCACGACACAAACACAAGAACGAUAUCUGGAGUUCCAGCGAUUCGAGAAUGAUUUCUCCAACUGCCUGGCGGAGUCGGCUUUGAGAACCAAGUUCGGGCAACACUUGCUAAGUGCCCAGGAGAUGUUAACCCAGUUGGAAGCCACUUUGAUAAGUCCUCUUAUAGUUAAAGUGAGUCAACUGAUGAAGGAGAACAGGGAAAGAAGAGCGGACUUGUACAGGGAAAUGGAGGAUCGAGAGAGGCAGAUAGAUGGGCGAAGAGAAGCUCUGGAAAUGCGGUCUCAAGAACUGGGUGAACUGACCCUAGGAGUGGGUCAGUGCGUCCUAAAGGACCAGAUCAAGCGAAUAAUACCCACGGCUGUGCAGUCCUUCUCGCACCCAUUUCACCCGCAGUUACCCAGGCAACUUGACCACUACCAACGUGCUUUGAGUGCCCAUUUGGAUCGGCUCCUCAAUAAUGAAGUCCUGGAACGCCUAUCCCUACUCCUGCAAUCUAGACUUUGUCAAUUGGAGAUUGAGUUCCAGGGUCAGCCCACCGAAGAAACCCUAAGCUGGCAACUCAUCUACAGCUCGGAUUGUCAGUCCUAUAUGCGUGAUUUUCAGCCCGAUCUAAGGUUUCGGUUUUCCUGGGGCAUGGCAGCCCUGUGGCAUCGUCUGCGGGCCAAGCUUACCCUGCCCUCCAAUCCCAUCCAGAAUCGAAAGCUACUCAACGGGCACAAAGAGACGCCGCCUGCGGCUCCUCUAGUUCAUGAGACUCAUUUCCAGGUGAUCGCCUCCCUGAUAAAGUCCGAAGGUAGCAUUGGAACCCUGUUGCUGAGUGGCCUGGCGGUUCGUUCGGUCAGCUGGCCAGCCGUCUUGGUCCUCGGCAGCCUCGUGGGGUCCAUGUACCUAUACGAGCUGCUCAGCUGGACGCCAGUCGCUCAAGAGCGGAGCUUCAAGAGCCAGUACUCCAGGCACUUGCAGCAGCAACUGCGGGCGGGAGUGCAGCAGACGGUCAGCGGUUUUGAGCUGCAGAUGCGACAGCAGCUGGCCAAAGUCCAAAACUGGUGGAUAGCCGAAACAGUGGAGAUUAGGAACGACCUGGAUGUGCGGACCUCGGAGCUGGGCAAACAAAUAAAGUCGAUGGAAGAGUUGCAGCUGAACUUGAAGAAGUUUCGGGACAGGGGGAAUCUGCUGGCUAUACGGCUGGGGGAGUUUCAGGAGCUCUAUUUAAGCAGCAGGUGUUGAAGGUUCCGAGGGGGUUUCAUAUGAAUUUUGUUAUAUUUUUAGGGGAGUGUUUAAAUUCGUGUUGCUCUUUUGUUUUAGUGCUCUUUAAUGAUUUAAUAAAUUUGUAAUCGAUUUUUACUAAGUUAUAA